GCAUUCAAAGUUGGAAUCCCCCUAUACAUUAAAAGAGAAGUCACUUUAGUGAUUUCUGCUGAGGUGACACUCAUAUAGAACUUCUCAGGAAAAACGUUAUAAUUCUAUUGGCUGUUUUUUUUGCAUUUUUCUUUUUCAUUUAUUUUUUUCACUCCCCUCCGCAUUUACUAAAACGCUGUCGUAUGUCAUGAUUUUUUUUGUUUUUUCUUUUUUAAUCGCAUAUCAAUGGAAGUUCUAUAUGGUUUCGAUCCAAUGAAGACAGUCCGACCAGAUGAGUUUGCUUCUCCCUACUCUGCUACUUCAAUCAUAUCCAUCGCGAACAUCGACGCUUCGUUCUACUUCAAUCGAGGUGUAGUUUGUCGAUACUCUCAGAAUUUACGGUUUUUUUGGUUUCUCUGAUUGAAUUCGACUUUUAAGCUAAUUGGCGAAGAUUUUUUUGGUUUCUCUGAUUGGAUUCGACUUUUAAGCUAUGAUACAAAGAUUGUUUAAUUUCUCUGAUUGGAUUCGACAUAUGUUAAGCUAUAAACUACGGUCUGCUUAUUAACAUUUAGAAUCUUUGUAUCUAAUUGACUGAUUAACCUUCUUGCUUUUGAGGUCCUGAUUCUCUUAAACAAGACAAUUGCCACGACCAGAGAUGUGUUACGCGGACUGUCUACUGAUGGAAUAAGAAGAGACAACUGACAUUUACAAGAAACUUGCAUUUGACUUCUGUCUCUGAAUCAGGACUGUAAGAUUAUCUUCUCCUUAAUAACUCAACAAGCAUUUAGACAGUCCUCUCUUGAGGUUUUCAAGUUUGGUUUUUUGUUUCAUUAGCACGAUUUAGAGCUUCACAUUAUUAAUUCUGAUAGUCUGUUGCAUUGCUAAUUGCUAUUCGAUUUAGAGGUUCAUAUUACUAAUUUAGUCAGUCAGGUUCAUUCCUUGCGGUUUCCGGUCUGUUGGUUUUCGGAUUUUCAAGUUUGCUUUUAGUUUAAUUAUGGGAAAAAAUGUAAAUAGCCUAUUUACAAAAGGCCUACUAUAUUGUCGAUAGAUGUUAAGCCCAUAUAAUUAGAAAACUUGCGCAAGAUUGUAAACUAAUUUGCAUAUUAAUAACUUUCCUUAUUAUUCCAAUUAAUUACUUGCGCAAGUUGUUUUCGUAUUUAUUACAUUACUUGCGCAAGUUAAAAUCAUAUCAUAUGCAAAUCAAUUUAUGACAAUACACAAUUAAAAUCUUUCUUUAAACGAUUUCAAUCUUUAUUAGGGGUCAUUAAUAUGAUAAAUAAAUCGGCUUAAUAUAUAUAUGAGAAACCUGAAUGGUUAAAAUACAAACAUUCAGCUCUAACAAGAACAAUGGCAAUGGUGCGAGCCAAAAAAAUAUUGUUUUUUAUGUGAGAGAAUUAAAACCCUGUAAAGAUACGUCGCGUAUUGAAGUUAGGAUUGUUCGCUUGUGGAGAAACUAUAACAAAGAAUCAGGAAACACCAUUGAAAUGGUGGUUGUUGAUAAAGAAGUAAGUAUACAUCACACAACAUGGAUUUAUUUGGAAACAUCGUUUAUAUACUUAUUAUGCGUGACUAAAACUCUUAUCAUUUUUGUGACCAGGGGACAAGAAUUAAUGCUUCAGUUGGUGAACAACUCAUCAAAAAAUUCGAUGACAAGCUACGCGAAGGAGAUGCGAUUGUCCUCCAGUUGUUCAAAGUGUACGAUGCAACUGGUGAAUACCGUACAACGCCACAUCCUACAAAAUUGGCUUCUUUCCAACAACUUUUGUUGGAAAAGCUGAUGAUUUUCCAAGUGCAGUUCCCGAAAAGUAUUUCGCGGACUUAUCUGAUAUUCUUGGUGGAAAUCUGGAUCAUAGCUGUUUUGUUGGUGAGUUAGUUUCUUACGCAGUUAAAAAGUCUUUCACUUUGUAGUUACUUGUUUCUGAUUUGACACUUAUUUUUGUUAUGUAGAUGUGGUUGGCCAAAUAGUUAACUUCGGGUCUCUGAAAAACAAAAUAAUAAAAGAAAAAGACAACAUGAGGCUCUUGGUUGAGUUGUGUGGUCCAAAGUAAGACUUUGUUUUUAAUCUUAGUUAUACUUUGCUAGCUAAACCUCUAUUAACUGUAUUUAACUUAAGUUUAUAUUAUACAGUAAUAUGAAGAUGAUGUGUACUCUGUGGGGUUGUUAUGCUAAACAAGUAUACAAUUACAGUAGGAGUAACAUGUCGACCAUGAUUAUUUGUGUUAUCAGAUUCUGUUCUGUUAAAGUGUGGAAAUGUAUAUAAUAUUGUUUCAAUUUGUGUAAAAUGAUUGCGAGCAUAACAUAUUAAUAAGAUCAAUAUACUUUGUAGGUGCUUACUCCAUAUCUAGCGGGUAUAAUUCAACCCAUAUUUUGCUCAACCCAACACUUGAUUUUAUUGAGGAGUUCAAAUCAAGGUACGUGUCCUGCGUCUUACGUUCCAGACUUAUGGAGGAGUUCAAUACAUAUAGAUGUUUAUUUUAAUUUGUGAACCUCAUUUUCACUGACGGGUUUUUAAAUUAUGUGUGAUUAUUUGUGAUGGCAGUCUCCCUGAUGAUUCACUUGCUCUUACAAACAACGAUAGUAGCCAAUGGUCUGUUGGUACUGCUACUUCUAUUCGUGCCAGAUUUUUUGUUCUUAAUGAGAGGCUAACCAUCAGAGAGAUCAUUGACAGUACUCUGGUAUAUAGACUACACUCUUUGAUGGAAAUGUUUUUACACAUGCGUAUACUCCAUGUGUUAUCAAUGCUUUUAACAUAUUGUUAUUGACGAAUAGGUUGGGACUUUUGUCACUCUGGGGACUAUUGAAACAAUUGAUACUGAACGUGGCUGGCAAUAUUUAAGUUGCAAAUACCACAACAAAAAAGUGAUGCCUACAACAAAUGUUGAUGCUGAUGGCCAGCCCUUGUUCUUCUGCAAUACGUGUGACAAAGAACACAGUGAUGUCAUUUCCAGGUAUUGAGCGGGUUCAAAUUAAUUGCCCAUGUCAAGGACGAUAACGGUGAGGCUAAUUUUCUUUUGUUUGAUGCUAAUGCUCAACAAAUUGUGCGUCAUUCUGCUGCUGAACUCUAUGACGAGGUACUUUUAUGCAAUAUAAUUGUACAUCAAUUAACAGAAUAAAUUCGUUUGUUUAACCUAUCUCUAUGUAAUUGUAGAAUGAAGAUGAAGACUUCUUACCAGAAGCAGUUAGCGAUCUCUUUGGUAAGAGAGUCCUUUUUGAGAUUUCAGUUGACGCUGAUAACAUUAAAGGAAAGAGCUCUCAGUAUGUUGUUCGAUUGGCUACUGAUGACCGUGAAAUGGUUGAGGAAUUUGCUGAUUUGCCUCUUAAACCGGUAAUUUACUGCUUCUAAUUGCGAUUAAUUUGAUUGUUACAGGAGCAUAAUAUUGAUUCGAUUAAAUCUGUUUCCUGCAGGUCCUAAUGUUGGAGUCCGCAGAUGAUAUUUCCUCUGGUUCUGGUGGUUUUACAGCAACUCCUUUGUCGAAAAGAAAAAGCGAACAAGAUGACGACAGUUGCAAUUAUACGUACACACAAUAUCACUAAAAUGUGGUGAUAUUGUGUGUACGUAUAAUUGCAACUGUCGUCAUCUUGGUGGUUUUGGGGGUAAAGUUGUUGUUUUCGGUGGAGAUUUCAGACAGAUUUUACCGGUUAUACCUGGAGGUGGUAGAGUAGAGACUGUUUUGGCAGCUCUGAAUUCGUCAUAUCUUUGGGAGCACUGCAAAGUUCUGAAGCUAACAAAAAACAUGAGAUUGCUGGCAGAUCUUACUGAUGAUGCAGCAAAAGAGCUUCAAUCCUUCUCAAACUGGAUUUUGGAUAUAGGAGAUGGAAAAAUAAAUUUGCCUAACGACGGUCAAGUUGAGAUUGACAUCCCUUCUGAUUUGCUGAUACAAAAUAGUGGAGAAGACCCUAUUGAGACUAUAGCAAAAGAGGUUUAUGGACAAGCUUUUCAAACUUCAACAGAUAAGGAUUUGUAUAGACACCGAGCCAUUCUUACUCCCACAAAUGAUAAAGUGGAUAAAAUAAAUGAUUACAUGCUUUCGCAGUUGCCAGGUAACAUGUUUUAUCAUUUAUUCUUAUGUUCAACUAAGUUUAUAAAUAUCACUAAACAAAAGGAUUUACAUAUGCUUUCAGGAGAAGAGAAGGUUUACCUUAGCUCUGACAGUAUUAUCCCAUCUGAUGUUGACAUAGAAGAAAAUGUCGUAUAUCCUGCAGAGUUUUUGAACAGUGUUAAAGUGGCUGGACUGCCUAGACAUUGCUUGAAGCUCAAGGUUGGUACUCCUAUCAUGUGUCUUCGUAACAUGGAUGUUGCAGAUGGUUUAUGUAAUGGUACUAGGCUAAUUAUUACUCAGUUACUGCCCCAUGUGAUAGAAGGUAGAAUUAUAACCGGAAACAAAAUUGCUGGACAUCCGGUUUGGAUCCCUAGAAUGUUUGUCACACCACCUGACACAAAGUUCCUCUUCAUAAUGCAUCGAAGACAAUUUCCAGUUACUUUGGCUUUCGCGAUAACCAUCAACAAAAGUCAAAGUCAAACACUGGAAAGUGUUGGGUUGUUUCUGCCUAGGCCAUUAUUCUCUCAUGGUCAGCUCUACGUUGCACUUUCAAGAGUUAAGUCGAGAUCUGGAUUAAAAAUCCUAAUAACUGGUAAAGAAGGGAAAACACAGACAAAACCAUUGAAUGUUGUCUACAAACAAGUUUUUCAGAAUAUUCUAUAGUCACGGUAUGUAAUUUUAAUCUAAUUUCUUUUCAAAUACAAAAUUUUAAGUAUAUAGACUGUUACAAUUAUUUACUUUUUGUAUUUUCCAGAUGGGCAGUGAUGAGUUAGGAGACCGAUUGUAUUCAGGAGCAUCCUGUUUUCUGACUAUUUCGAUGAAAGUAUGUCUACUUUAAUAUUAUUGCAUGUUAACUUUUAUUUUGAAACUUAUAAAUCUUUCAAAUAAUGUUAAUCCGACAAAUUACUUACAAAAUUUAUUUAAUUUUUUGCAGGUUUCUAAAUGAUUUUGCAUUAUUUUUCGACAAUUGUACUUCAUAAUUUAUAUUGUUUAUGGAUAAUUUUUCGAAUUUUUUUUAUUAUAUUUUCUUUUACUAUGUCUACACAAAUGUUUUUUUUAUUAUUAAUGGAAAAAAAAAUAUUAUUCACCAACAUAGAUAUUUACGACAGAUAUACAAUACAUUUCUAAUUAAUGAUAAUAUAAAAUCUGAAUCUUCUAAAACUGUGCACUAUUUAUUCCAUAUUUUGAAUGAAAGUUUCUUCGCAAACAUACCAAAAUAAAAAUUAUUUUGGGACGUUGCAAUUAUACGUACACACAAUAUAUGCCUCUUCAUAUUGAAGUUACUUUGUUCCCUCUCGUCCAUCUCAAAUUGGUGUGCGAUCUUUUUUCCAUGCCUGAUGAAUUCUCCCAAAGACGGUGGUAUUAUAUUAUAAAAUCCGUUACUUAUAAAAUUAUAUAAGAUUUAGUCCAUAUUUUGAAUUUUCUUAUGCCCGCAUAGGGUGCGGACCGGUCACCUAGUUAUAUUUGAAUACAAAAGCUGGUGGAAAUUUUUUUUUAAAAAAAAAAACUAAAGAAAAGAGGCAUAAAUCAUCUAUUUCCGGGCAACUAAACGAAAAUAAAUAAAUUCAAAACUAAAACUGAAAUUAAGAAAUAUUCUAGAAAAGAUAAGA